AUUCUACACUUUUACGACCCUUUUACGACUAAUGCAGACAUAAGUUUUCUGAAAAUCUACCAUUCUCAGGUUGAAAUCGGCCAUGAAGGUUCAGAAGUCUUCGUCACUCAACGGCAAUGGGACACAGCAUCUUCUCAGUCUUCAUUUACAACGAUGGGAAUUUCUCUCGUCCGGGCAUCAUUUGAGACUGAU